UCGCAGUGCCUUCCCCACUACACGCGUGCCUUACGAACACAUUUUUACGACCGAUUUACAAGCGCGCUUUUCGAAUUUCACCUGGGAACAGUGUUUAUGUUUUUAUGUUGUUGCUAGAUCUCGCUAGUGAUUUUAUUAUAUGGUGUAGUUGUUGUGAAAGUGCAGUGUACGGUAGCGGACCCCAGGGUUUAUGAGUGGCGAUGUGAGUUGAUGGGGUCCGAGGGCGCCAUGGCUCGGUCGCCACGAAGAAUUUCAGCGCAUCGUCGUAGUCGGAGUCGAUCCAGGGAACUGGCACGUUUGCGGACACAGCUGAAUGGAAAAGGUCCAAUACAAGCCAAUGGUGAUUGGAUGACGAUCUCAGCACGCUCCCCGGAUAAGGAGCCCUCACCGCCCAAGCAGAUCAACUUUGCGGAACCCCUGGUCGAGUCGGUGCGCGUGUAUCUUGCCAAUGAGCUACCUGCCAAGCAGCUAGCGUUGGUGCCGUGCGCGCCCUCGCCGCCCUCGCCACCUACGCCUCCGCUGCUGUGUCAUGUUGACAUAGCUACAAACACCGCGCGUGAGGACAUCAAGGGUAUUAAUUUUGAGGCGCGCCUCAAACGGAAUGACCUAAACAACAACGCAUCGGGACGCCAAAGCGACAGAAGAGACAUGCCGAGCCAAGCGGAGUUGAUGCAGCGACAGCCGCUGUUGGCACGCACAGUCAAAACGGACGUGCCACAGCCUACCACCGAUGAGUCUGAUCCGGAUCAAGAUCACUCUCCUCAGCGCGCUCAUGCUGGCGAUUUCAUGGUGGAGAUACCUCCCGGCACAGUUCGCGAGGAAAGAUAUCCCAAAGAAAUAUGGAAGACAAUAUUAUCUUUCUUUUUCCUAUUUAUUUGCGUAUGUGUUAACAUGAUGUCACUGUCAUUAGUACAUGAGCGGCUUCCAGAUAGAAAUACAACGCCACCACUGAAUGACAUUGUGCUCGACAAUAUAAGCGCGCGGGACUGGGGUCUAGCUGUGUCGGAGUACUUGAUAAUGAUAUCUACGACGGUUGCCAUGUUAGUCGUCGUCUUCCAUAAACAUCGAUUUAUAGUCGCCCGACGACUAUUCUUUAUAAUCGGUCUAUUGUAUCUAUAUAGGUCAGUCACCAUGUUUGUGACCGUACUGCCUGUUUCCAGUACCACCUAUUACUGUAGUCCUAAAAGUAACAAUACAACACCGCUGCUCGUUAUCAGAAGAAUGUUUUACUUGAUAUCAGGUUUCGGGCUGUCUAUUAAUGGAAAACAUACUUAUUGCGGAGAUUAUAUAUAUUCAGGACAUACGAUGGUGUUAGUUUUGAGUUACCUAAUCGUUGCAGAAUACUCACCGAAAAAGCUAUGGCCGGUACACUGGGCGAUGUGGGGCUCGGCUCUUCUCGGCGUAUCGUUCGUGCUGCUGGCGCACGGUCAUUACACGGUAGAUGUUGUAAUAGCGUACUACGUAACUACACGAUUGUUCUGGACGUUCCAUUCGUUGCUCGUUACCCCGCAUCGCAGCGGCAACGGUUACAAUCACUACAUGAUACAGCGUGAGUGGUGGUACUGGCUGUUCACGUACCUGGAGAGAAACGUGCGAGGACCGGUGCCGAGGCGCUACGACUGGCCGCUGCCCUGGCCACGCACAAAGCUGUUCAGCCGGCUCAGCUAGUGACGCGCUCGCCCAUCGUCGCCGCCACCGGAACGCGUAUGACGCUCACCUUUUGGGAGUGCCGCUUCAGCACCUGCAGCUCCUUGGGGCUGGUCCGCGUGCAGAUGGCCAGAGUGAGCGUAUAGUCGAACUGGUGCACGAUCAGAUUCAGGUAGACGGUCUCCUCCCAGUCGAUCUCCGGGUCACCGAUGGGCAGCUUCUUGGAGUCCUUGCGAAACACCUCCACGUCCGUCUGCGAACAAACCGGCCGACCGGGCGGCGGGUGAGCCGGUGAAGCUUCGAAACCGUGUGCGGUCUGUGUGUCAAAUGUGAUAACCUUAUACCUAUUGCAAACUAUUCUUAAUCGACUUCAUAAGCUUUUAUUGUUAAAUAGAUUUAAGAUUCGAUUUUCAUUUGACAAAGAACAAUAAUAAUCGAUCAAUUACGUACUAUCAAAUGUUGUAAAUUUUUUUGUUUUAUAAAUUGUAUAUUUUAUAAGUGGUUAUUGAACAGUCUCGAGUCUAACUAAAAAAAUAAUAUUUAUUAACAAAAUAUACUGUGAUUAGUUUUUGAUGUGCGUUGAGUGAGAGUUCGAGAGAAUAUUCUGAGCGCUGUAUCGAGUGUGCGAGGUGGUGCGUCUAGACUAGUAGACAGCAUUGUACAUUUUUCAUGUUGUAAUUGUAAUUGCAUCCUAUUGUAAGAAAUGAUAUUUUUAUAUUGUUUAAAAUGAAAUACACAACUGUUAUCGAUGCAAACUUUUUGUAUAUCCAAAGAUUGUUCUAAUAGAAUAUAGUAUCUAUAAUCCAAAUGGUGCUAACCUAUAAACAUUGGCGAUCGUUCGUAUCAAGCAGUUCGUAUCGGUACCCUGGAAACCGCGCGCGACACGCGAGGGACUUCGAGAAUCUCGUGCAGGUUAACACUACUAUUUGUAUUAUAGGAUAUUUGGGAACAUUAGGUGCACAAAUCAUUUACUGAUUGCGAAAGUAUUUUUAUAUAAAUGAAUUUAUAAAUUAGAACCUUAAUGUAGUGUAUUAACAAGACAACUACAAUUUUCCAUUAUUCAUACGUAGGCACUAGAUAUCGAGUAACAAUUAGAUAGCAUAAUCUGUUUAAUCUGACCUGGAUUCUAAAAAUCAUGUGUUAUGCUAGCUGGUCGCGACGUCUAUCGGCUAAUAUAGUACGAACAAAUUUAGAACAAAAUGAACUAAGAUGUAAUAACUUGUUUAUAAUCAUAAUAAUAUUAUAAUAUAAUUCAGUCUUAUCAAUAAAGUAUUUAUUAUGUUAUUAAAUGCCUAUUAAAAACACGCUUACUACUCGUUUCAGAAAUGUCUGUUUUAAAUGAAAAACUAAUGUUAUCUAGUUACUCGUAUCAUUAAAAUUAAUACAUGAUACUACGAUACGAUACCAUUACCACAGCAGUAAAAUAUUAUUAUCAGAUAAUCCUAAAAUUUAAAUGUUAUCUUAUAAACAUUGAAGUUGAUAAAAAUUUAAAUAGCAUACGAAAGGUACGUACCUCAUACUUGGGCAGGUAGCGCGAUGAACCUUUGACGUGACGUUUGCGAACAAAAAACAGUAAAUCGUCGCAGUCGAUCGACUGUUCCUCUUGAAAUAGGAAGUGGCGUACAAAUAGAUCUGUCCAGUAAGUCGUUCCCUGCAGGACCACGAAACCUGAGUCUGCAAUAUAAUACAAAGUACUAAUUCAUUCUUGAAAUAAGAAUUAUGAAUCGGUUUAAUGUUAAAUCAGCUUCGUUGUUAUUAUUCAUGAAAUGCACGUUGAAUAAUCACGACGUGUGUCAUAGGACACGGCAAUAGUUCGUUUAUUUUUAAGAGAGUCUGAAUCCAUGGUCAUUCAAAUCGUAAAGUGCCUUCGAAGAAAAUUUAAAUACAUCUUGAUCUAACUAAUGGCUUAGAUGUAAUUUGCAUACAACAUUGUAUUCAAAGUCAUGUUUGUUUUUUUUACCAUGAAUAUUAAAAGUUUCGGUGUCGCUUCAUAUUCUUAUGUAUGAUAAUUUAAUCUCGUAAACAAAUUGAAAGAUCAAUAACGAAAUCUUAUUUUACUUAUAAAUUAUAUGUGAUAGAUGCUAGUUUUAAAAACGUGUUUAAAUAUAGUUAUAUUAAUGCAGUCUCGAUAUAAUUUUGAUAUUAAAUUGCCAGAGCUCGAUGUUAAACCUUGCAUAAUGCUAUGAUUAUUUAUUGAAUUUAUUGUUAGCUUUUCGAUGUCGAGCGCCACAAAGCACCCGACGACAAAAGCUAACAUUACAGAUUACAAUCAUCGAUUGUAUAUUAUAGCAAGAACUCUUGUGUAGGAGAUUCAGUAUACUCUUGCAUAUCUGUUGUAAAAUAUUUCAAAGUUUUACGUUAUAUACUAUGUAUUAUAUUUAUUUGUUAAUUUAUUGUUUGUUACAAUUUAUAGUAGGAUAAUAGGACUAAUGUUGUGGUGAUAUUGAACUCAACUAUAUGAAGUAAAAUUAAUAUAUCACCAGUAUGGAAAAGUCGAUACUAUAUCUUACUAGAGGCUCUCGGAGACGAAGUUGCGUUUACUAACACAUUCCGAAACCGCAAAUUAAAGUAUUCGUACUCGAUUAAAAGUUGGCCAAACUGUCCACUGAAGGAUGCGUUUUCUCGAACAAUUGUAGGUAUAUAAGAUAAAUAGAACGAAAAUUUGUAUUAAACUGUAAAUGUUAUUAUAGCUUUUAUUUAUAAAUAAAGGAAUUGAGGAAAAAUAAAACUUUUAUAAAAAUCUUGUAAAAUUUCACCAAAGCCAUUACGGACCCCAAUGUAUUUAUAAUACUAAAGUUUGAUUGAUGUCUGUUAGUGAGUAUAAUAAAUGACAGUUUAUACCAUUGCUGUUGUAAUUCAAAGUUCAAUAAAUGUCUUUUCUAUA